AUGGAAGGGCAUCACAACGUUACUGGUUUUAACUGCAAACGAUGCGAGCUUUCGGAUUCGGCAGACCAGAUGGUCGCGUGCGAUGUUUGUCAGGAAUGGGAACAUUUUCAAUGUGCAGGAGUUGACGAUCGGAUCAAGGAUCAGUCAUACGUCUGCACGGAAUGUUCCAUCAAGCUGUCGGAAAGAGGCGAAUGCACUAAACAUCUCAAGCCCUCCACAGCCGGCAAGGAUCAGCGAUCAACCAAAGCUACGGCUAGCAAAGCCGGAUCGAAAAGCAGCAAAAAGGUUCCUCCAGCAACGCCGGCAGUCAGCAUAACCUCCAGUGCUCGUGUGGCUCUAGAAAAGCAGAUGCAAAUCAUAGAGGAAGAGAGACAAAUAUUGGAACGGGAGCUGAAAGAGCAGGAAGAUAUUCGCAAGCAAGAACUGGAGGAAGAGCAACGGCAGCUAGCGAAGCAACGCGAGUUAAUGGAGAAGGAGAAAAUAUUGCGCGAACGCAAGUUACGAGAUUCGAAGCUCUUCCAAGAGAAACAACAGCUGAUCAGACAGCAGUCUAUGGAGAAAAAACGCGAGCUUAUGAAGCAACUCGCCGAAUCUAGCAGUCACAGAGGAUCGAUCGUUGAUUCUGGUCCUUCGAGCCGGAAGGUUGAGGAUUGGUUAAACAGGCAAUCACAAACAGAUGCCAACACAAGUGGGACGGAUAGGGCCAAUGAACCACCGGGCUCUGCUCGCGGUCUGGCUGCCGCUUGCUCACUCCGGUGUAAAUUACACUCAGCCACCAGCCAAUAUGCUUCCGGUGACCAUCGGCGCUCAGCAAAUGGCAGCGCGUCAGGUAAUGGGUAA